GGGGCGUAGCGCCGCGUCACGUGACCGGCGGCCGCGAAGGUGACAGCCGGACCGGGCCCGUUCGGCCGCCGCCGCCACCAUGUCGGGCAAGGACCGCAUCGAGAUCUUCCCCUCGCGGAUGUGAGUGUCGCCUGGCCGCGGCGCGGGCCGGCUGAGGGGCGAGCGGCCGCCCCGGGACCGAGGCGCCGGGUUGGGAGGGAGAGCUGCGGGGUCGCUUCUUGUGUAAACGCGUCUUUAAGCGGCCGGAGGCUGCGGGGGGGUUGGAAGGCAGCCGUCAGCAGGCCCCGCGGCUGGUGGGCUGCACAGGACUCCAUUUAGGAAACACUAGUACGUGCGUCGGGGAAAAUGCCCAAGUCAAGCCGUCGCUGCCCUUUGCUGUUCCAUAGAGGACGCCGAUGUCGUUGUACGAGAGGCUGGCCGGAAAGCCUUUAGGAAAAAAGAACAAAAAGGGAAGCGCGGCGUGCAGUCAGAUUUCCAGUAACUUCCCAGAGCGGUGUGUCAUGCGGUCAGGUGGCUCCUGACGGCGCUCGGCACAGCAGCUGGCAUUGCGAUGAACAAAAGUGCUUAAAACUGACGAACCGUUAGAAAUGCCGUUUUAAUGGCACCAUUGCAUUCCUCCUUAGUACUUUCCAGGACAGAAAGCCUCCGGGAGAAAGGCAGUUUCAAAUUUUCUUGCAUAACACGAAGUUGGUGGCUGGAUAUAAUCUCUAUGGAGGGUGUUUUGCAGGACGGAAACUUCACAUGUGAAUUAUUAACUCUUUCUUCAGCUCAGGAGAUGCGAGGAAACAGUUUGUAUGGAAAGAUUAAUGUGCUGCAUGGGCUCAGACCAUCAUGAAGGCUCGCUUGAAGGGAGCUCAAACAGGCCGCAACCUCUUGAAGAAAAAGUCUGACGCUUUGACGCUCCGAUUCAGGCAAAUCCUUAAGAAAAUUAUUGAGACUAAGUUGCUGAUGGGUGAAGUGAUGAGAGAAGCUGCCUUUUCGCUUGCCGAGGCUAAGUUUACAGCAGGAGAUUUCAGUACCACUGUGAUCCAGAAUGUGAACAAAGCUCAAGUCAAGAUCAGAGCUAAGAAGGACAACGUAGCAGGUGUAACCUUGCCGGUUUUUGAACAUUAUCAGGAAGGAGGCGACAGCUAUGAGCUGACUGGCUUGGCUAGGGGUGGAGAACAGCUGGCUAAGCUGAAGAGGAACUAUGCCAAAGCUGUGGAGCUGCUUGUGGAACUGGCCUCCUUACAGACAUCCUUCGUUACUUUGGACGAAGCCAUUAAAAUAACAAAUAGACGUGUGAAUGCAAUUGAACAUGUGAUUAUUCCCAGGAUCGAGCGUACUCUUUCCUAUAUCAUCACAGAACUGGAUGAAAGAGAACGAGAGGAGUUCUACAGGUUAAAGAAGAUCCAGGAAAAGAAAAAGGUAUUGAAAGAAAAAUCUGAGAAAGAACGGGAGCUGCGGAGAGCUGCUGGUGGGGAACGUGAACCGGCCAAUCUCCUAGCAGAAGAGAAGGAUGAAGACCUUCUCUUUGAGUAAACCUGAUGCAGCUGUUGUAUUUGGAGUGGGGGGACCCAGAAUACAGAAUGCCCAUUUACUGUAUGAUUUGGGACAUUGCCUCAAUCAUAUUUAUGUGGCUUCUCAGUUGGUGUAUAAGCCUGAGUUGACCGGAUUGUGGAUUUCUCCCGGGAGAUUAGAAAUCUGAGAACUUGAAUACAGCAUUUGGAAGCAAAAGAGAGAUGAAUAAGGUGCUUUAAUAUUAGGAAGGCCUUCUGUUAUGUGUUCAGCCUGCUUCUUCACUUAAUAGAAAUAGCUGACCACAACUGUUCUCUUUAGAGGAUGGCUCUAGAUUUGCCUAGUCAGAUUCCUUUUUAAAUGCUUCCUUUGCUACUACAAGCAGUGGGAAAGGUUAUUUAAGGAGGGAGAUGCAUGACUCUUCCUUACUGCUAAAAUGUAAAUUAACGUGAAAGUUGCUUAAAGCAGGUACUGGAACAACUGAAGUAAAAUGCAAGUGUAGGCAGCUCUGGUUUUCUAACCUGCUGAUGAAAUCCACAGUCUUCUGUGAUUUAUUUCUGUUGCACUAUUGUUACCACUGGCCUAAAACAUUUAUGGUUCUAAUUAGAGAUUCUGCCAACUUGUGUACUGUCUGUACUGGAAACAAGUAAAAGUUCUAACUGUUGAA